AUGUGUAGGAUUGUUGUUCAUGUGUGUCUGCUGGGAUUAUUUCUACAGGCUCUGACUCAGCCCGCCACAGCCUCAGAGUUUUCUUUGGAUGGAGAUUUUUUGAUUGGUGGACUUUUUGACAUUCAUCAAAUUAGUGACACAGUUUUUCAAGACAGAUCAGAGACUAUCACUUGUUCAAGUCAACGUCUUACUCUCUCAAGUUAUCGGAGAUUUCAGGUGAUGAGAUUCUCUGUAGAGGAAAUAAAUAACUCAACUGAUCUGUUACCCAGUGUAACCCUUGGCUAUGAAAUAUAUGACCACUGCUCAGAUACUCACAAUUUCCCCAGUAUUUUCAACCUUAUCUCCGUUAAUGGUUCCAUCAAACCUUGGAAUAAACCACUGACAGAAACGUCGAAAGUGAUUGCAGUGGUGGGCACUUAUACAAGCACAGCCACUCUGAAUUUUGCCCCACUCUUCAUGACGGAUCUUAUUCCUCUGGUCAGUUAUGGAGCGGCUAGUUCUGUCUUUUCAAAUAAAUAUAAAUUUCCAUCAUUUUUUAGAACAAUACAUCCAAACAAAGAUGUUUUAAAAGUUGUCUUGAUGAUUUUGAAGGAAUUCAACUGGCGCUGGGUUUCAUUCUUACACAUUGACGAUGAUUAUGGCAGAGAUGGUCGGGACUUGUUUAUCAAGAGUAUUGAGGAUACUGAGAUCUGUCUGGCAUACACUAAAGGCCUUAAUACGUACACAAAUUACCUAAAGACUUUACAAACACUAAUCUCACUUAAGAUAAAUGUCAUCAUUGUUUUUGCACCAGAAUGGACUGCUGAAGAUCUCAUUAAGGCCGCUAUAAAGUACAACAUCACCAACAAAGUUUGGAUAGCCGUUGAUGCUUGGUCCUUACACAAAACGCUUCCGAAAGAAAAUGGGAUCAGAAAUAUUGGAACUGUCAUUGGGAUUGCUGAGCCAAUAUUAGAAAUACCAGGUUUCAGGGAUUUCAUCCAUUCUUUUAAAGCUCUGCAUCAGCAGGAAGAUAAGGGAAAGUUCUGUAAUCAAAUCUGCAACUGCACCAAUGUGGCAGCUGAGGAUAUCAUCAAUGCAGACCCAUCUUUCUCUUUCUCUGUUUACUCUGCUGUGUAUGCCAUUGCCCAUGCUUUACAUUCUGUCUUGCAAUGUGGAGCGGGCAAGUGUAACAGCAAUGUGACGGUGCACCAUCAAAUGAUUUUACCAGAGCUAAGGAGAUCAAACUUCAGUCUUCUGAACCAGAGGGUUCAGUUUGACGAAAAUGGGGACCCAAAAUAUGGCGGUUAUUCAAUAGUGUUCUGGAACCAAAGUGGUGAAGCAGAAAAUGUUGGCUACUAUAAUUUCCCCCCAUCAUCCCAGUUCUUCAUCAACAAGAGCAAAAUCCAGUGGCACAAGGAUGGGGAGGUGCCUGUGUCCUUGUGUUCCCAAGAGUGUCCUGAAGGCCAUUAUAAAGUACUACAAGAAACGCACAAAUGCUGCUUCACUUGCACUAUUUGUAAAAGAGGAACUUAUGUCAAUAGUACAGGGGAUUAUUAUGAAUGCACAAAAUGUAAAGAAAAAGAGUGGUCUGAGGAAGGAAGUACUACAUGCCAUCCGCGGCUUGUGGAAUACACACCCUAUUCAAGUGGUGAAGCUAUGAUGAUCAUACUUGGAACUUUAAUUUUUGUGUGCCUUGCUGCAGCUAUAUUUGUUCUCUUUUUACACAAUUACAAGUCACCUGUUGUCAAAUCUGCGGGAGGUCCAAUGUGCUUUCUUAUUUUAGCAUGCCUGAGUCUGUCCUGCAUUAGCGUGUUCUUUAACUUUGGUAUACCCACAGCUGCUUCCUGUGUUUUGAAAUAUUUCCCAUUUUUCCUCUUUUUCACUGUAUGUAUUGCAUGUUUUUUAGUACGUUCAUUUCAAAUUGUUUAUGUAUUCAAAAUAGCAACUAAGUAUCCCAUCCUCCUCAGUUGGUGGAUGAAAUACCAAGGGCAGUGGUUGUUCAUCAUUGUAGUAUUUGUCAUUCAAACAAUUUUACUCAUUCAUGGUUAUUCCUCUGCCCCCCCAACACCUGAAAAAAUUACACAACAAGAAUCAAAAACAAUCAUACUUUGGUGUAAUCAAAAUGUUGAAGCUUUGUCUGGUUUUCUGAUUUUAUUUUCAAUAUUGUGUUUCUUUUGUUUUAUUUUCUCUUACAUGGGAAAGGAUCUUCCAAAGAAUUACAAUGAGGCCAAAUCAAUAACGUUCUGCCUUCUGCUGUUGGUCAUAAUCUGGAUCAUAUAUGCCACUACCCAUCUUCUUAACCAUUCAUCUUACACCUCAACUUUCAAUGCUCUAGCAUUACUGUCUAGUCUCUACUCUUUUCUCUUUUGGUAUUUCCUGCCAAGGUGUUACAUUAUUGUUUUUGAACCCCAGAAAAACACACAGCAAUAUUUCCUAAGUCUUAUUCAGAGUUAUGCAGAGACAUCGAGCAUGUAACU